GUCUCCUUAUAUCUUCCUUCAUGGAUAGAACAUAACAAAGAAGAACACAUAUCAUCAGUGAUCUACAAAUAAACGAAAGAUGCUUCUGAAUUUUUGUGAUCCUCGCUUACGUCCAGAAAUUAAAUGUAGUGCUAUCAGCACGGAUGGGCAUGAAGUGACCAAUUUGAUAAAUGGUUCCUAUAAAGGAUAUUUGGCAUAUUCCUGCAUCAAGCCACCCAUUCAUAUAGAUAUCACGUUUCUUUGCAACGUGUGUAUCAAUCAUGUAUUAAUUUGGCCAUCCGUCGGGUCACAAAAGUCGUCGGGCUUUCAGCUUUCUCUUAAGAAUACCAAUGAUGAUAACACUCCAUAUACCUGUGUGUCUAAUGGAUGCCUGAGUUCUCAUGAUGCUGGUUUGUUGUUUUACUCGAGUGACAUUGACCCUACAGGGAUCCCCACGCCACCAAAUUUCUUGAGAUGUUGUAUUAAAGUUUCUAAAGGAUCUGUAACAACUAAGUAUGUUCAUGUUUUACGUAUAACAAUAUAUAAAACAGAGAACUCAGUACCAGCAUUGGGAAAAGUUCAAGUAUGGGGAACAGUAUCCCCACGUUGUGGGAAAGAUAUUACAGCAAGUGUACAUGUUUUAUGGGCUGAACAACGAGUUUCCUCAACAUUGCCUGUAACUGCAUCAAAAGCAUAUGUGAAUACUGUUUCUGUAGAUACCAAAGAGAAAGAUAAUAGAUUGAAGAAUAAUACAACCAUUGAUAUUCCUGAAAGCUUCCUAGAUCCUAUCACUUGGGAAAUAAUGACUCAGCCAAUUAUAUUACCUUGUGGACAAAUAAUAGAUCUAACCACAUUAGAGAAACAUGAAGAGAAUGAAGCAACUUGGGGUAGAUCGUUAUCAGAUCCAUUCACAGGCUUGGGAUUUAACGAUGAACGUAGACCAGUCAUGGCAUCUGCACUUAAGUCAAGAAUUGACAAGUUUUUAAUGGACAAUAGCAAUCAGAACGAAAUAAAGAAUAUGCCAAGAGUCUUAGGCCGCGAUCCAACUUCAGCUAUAGCAGGAAAUAGGAGAAUAAUUGAAAUACCAAAAUGUGUAUUAAAUAGAAAUUUAAAAAGAACUGCCGAAGAUAUUAAAUCGAAUACAUACAAGCAGACAACAAGUAACAAUUCGCAGUCUACGAAAAAAUAUUACCAUAAAUUACCUAUAGCAGUUAUGCCCAAACGACCUGCCAUUACUAUAAUGAAACCAAGACAGCUCACAAAUGUUUCAACUUUCUCCAAAUUAACUCAUAACAAUUCUCAAAAUCAUAAGGAUGAUGAAUUAGUUGAUGAUAAUUUCUUAGAUAGCAAUUUAAAGACUCAAUUAUCCAACAUGAAACGCUUUACCACACCAGAAAAAGUAGAAUUACAUAAAAUAUGUAAUAAAUGUGAAUGUUGUAUUAACAGUAUUUUUUAUAGACUUCCAUGUAAACAUGUAGUAUGUAGACAAAUAUUAUUAUCUAUUAAAAAUAACCGGUGUAAAUCUUGUGGAUUUUCAUAUAAAUCAUGCGAGAUUGAACGAAUUUAUGACAAUAUUUUAAAUGAAUAGAGAAAAAGAGAGAGAGAG